AUGAUAGAUGAAGAAGAUUUGAUGCAAGUAAGUUAUAAAGGAACAGAAGAUUCAAUUAAUUGGGCUGCAUCAAAUGGUCACCUUAAAGUAAUUAAAUACUUACAUUCAAUAGGAUAUAAAGGAACAGAAAAUGCAAUUAAUUUAGCUGCAAGAUAUAAUCACUUUAAAGUAAUUAAAUAUUUACAUUCAAUAGGAUAUAAAGGAACAGAAAAUGCAAUUAAUUGGGCUGCAGAAAAUGGUCACCUUGAAGUACUUAAAUAUUUACAUUCACUAGGAUAUAAAGGUACGAAAAAAGCAGUUAAUUAUGCUUUAUUAAAUAGUCACCUUAAAGUACUUGAAUAUUUAUAUUCAUUAGAAUAUGAAGGUACUAAAUAUGCAAUUGAUAAUGCUGCAGAACAAGGUAAUCUUGAAGUAAUUAAAUAUUUACAUUCAAUAGGAUAUAAAGGUUCAGAAAAUGCAAUUAAUUUAGCUGCAUUAAAUGGUCAUCAUGAAAUACUAGAAUAUUUACAUUCAUUAGGAUAUAAAGGAACAGAAAAUGCAAUUAAUUGGGCUGCAAUAUAUAAUCACUUUAAAGUAAUUAAAUAUUUACAUUCAAUAGGAUAUAAAGGUACAAAAGAUGCAAUUGAUAAUGCCGCAAAAAAUGGUCACCUUGAACUACUUGAAUAUUUAGAUCCUAAUUACAAAAGAUACAAUUAA